GAAUACGGCUGAUUAAAUUUCAAACAUAAACAUGAACAAUUUAAUCAAAAAUAUCGUAUGUAGACAGAGUUUCUGGGGAUAUCCAGCAGCUAGAACAUUGUUCACAACUCCAGCUACAAGAGUAAAACACAUUGAAAUUUCCCAAGAAAAAGAUGUAGUUACAGUACGAGGCAAGACAGUUGAAUCAGGGAGAGAACAGCUUUUAGUUCCUCAAAUAAAGGAAUGUGCGAGAAAUGGUGAAAGAUUUUGUCCAGAAUGUUCACUAGGACUUGAUAUAAAACAUACAGACGUUCUGAUCCUUUCCCAGUACGUUAGAAGUGAUGGAUGUAUGCUUCCUAGACGUGUAACUGGAUUAUGUAAAAGACAGCAGAAGAAGAUUGGAACGAUGGUCACAAUGGCUCAUAAAGCUGGAUUAAUGGGAUCUUUAAAGCCAGCAAAUUGCAAAAAAGAUCCAGAAAAGCGCUAUGGAUUUAAAAAGUUUAACAAGUACUUCUUUGAGGAUACGAUAAAAUUACCAAGAGCAAUCUGUAAACAAAGCUGAAUUAGUUGUAAUAAAUAGUCGACGUUAUUCAUGGAUAA